AUGAUUGGAGAUAGACGUACAAGGCUUGGUAUUAAAAAGCUUGAAAAUGAAGCAGAAUUAAAAGAAGUUGUAAAUAUUUCUGCAAAUGGUGAAGUUAUGGCAUUAGAUGAUGAUAAAUAA